AUUCUCUACGCAUUCGCCUCUCUCUCCCCACUCUCUCUCACUCCUCAUGUGAAGCUUCCAUUUUUAUAAACCUUCCUUUUCCGCGUUCCCUUUAACAAUUAUGUAUCUCCAAAUCUGCCCGCAGCUUUCGGCCAUGACGUUCCAAAGCUCCUAACCUCUCUCUCUCUCUCUCUCUCUCUCUAGAGGAAGCGGAAGCGUCUUUGGCCGCGGCAUAAGUCCCUACGCAUUUUUCGGAAAAAGGGUGCUUUUGUUUGUCAAGAUUCUACAAAAGAUCUGAAAGAAAGAAAAUAUUUAUAGAAAUAGAUUUUGCUUCUUGCAUGAAGCGUUAAACUUUAGGCCUCCGAUUGAUUUGCUUCGGGAACGGUUCGAUCUAUGUUCGCUGGAUAUUAGGAUUUGGAGAUUGGGUUUUUAGUGGAGUUGCCACAUGGCAUCGAAAUCCUUCAAGGCAAGCCGAUUGUCUCUAUCGACGACGAAUUCGGAUGUGCAGGAUUCGCCACGUGGGAGGCCUCCCCUGCCCCCAACCGUGACAUUUGCUCGCAGAAGCUCAUCGGGACAAUAUUCUGCAUAUUCAAGGGAUGACUUUGAUAGUGAACCUGAGGGCAGUGGUUAUACGAACUACACUGUACACUUACCGCCAACACCUGACAACCAGCCGAUGGAUGCAAUAUCACAGAAGGUCGAAGAGCAAUACGUGUCGAAUUCACUUUUCACUGGUGGGUUCAACAGUGUUACGCGAGCUCAUCUCAUGGACAAGGUGAUCGAAUCAGAAACGAAUCACCCCCAAAUGGCUGGUUCAAAAGGAUCUUCGUGUGCAAUUCCUGGUUGUGAUGCUAAGGUGAUGAGUGACGAAAGGGGCGUGGAUAUUCUCCCCUGUGAAUGCGACUUCAAGAUUUGUAGGGAUUGUUAUUUGGAUGCUGUUAAAGCUGGAGAUGGCAUUUGCCCGGGAUGUAAAGAUCCAUAUAAGGCCUUGGAUUUGGAUGAAGUGGUGGAAAACAGGCAGCCUCUUUCGCUUCCUCCACCACCAGCUGAGAUGUCAAGGAUGCAGAGAAGAUUGUCUCUGAUGAAAUCAACCAAAUCAGUGCUGGUGAGAAGCCAGACUGCAGAUUUUGAUCAGAACCGGUGGCUCUUUGAAACUAAUGGUACCUAUGGGUAUGGUAAUGCUAUAUGGCCUAAGGGGGAAGGAUUAGAGACUGGAAAAGAUGAUGACGUAGUUGAGCCUCUAGAAUUAAUGAACAAACCAUGGAGGCCACUAACGCGAAAAUUGAAGAUUCCAGCUGCCAUUAUCAGCCCAUAUCGGCUUCUGGCAUUUGUACGACUUGUUGUUCUCGGGCUUUUCUUAGCUUGGAGGGUCAACCACCCGAACGAAGAUGCAGUCUGGCUUUGGGGAAUGUCCGUAGUUUGCGAACUAUGGUUUGCCUUCUCCUGGAUUCUUGACCAACUUCCCAAGCUCUGCCCUGUCAAUCGUGCUACAGAUCUUAAUGUCUUGAAAGAGAAGUUUGAAAUGCCUAGCCUCAACAACCCCACUGGAAAAUCUGAUCUUCCAGGCAUAGAUAUCUUUGUCUCUACUGCAGACCCAGAGAAAGAACCCCCACUUGUCACAGCAAAUACUAUCUUGUCUAUUCUAGCUACUGAUUAUCCAGUUGAAAAGCUUGCUUGCUAUGUUUCAGACGAUGGAGGUGCGCUUUUAACCUUCGAGGCCAUGGCAGAAGCAGCAAGCUUUGCAAAUCUAUGGGUACCAUUUUGCCGUAAACAUGACAUUGAGCCCAGGAAUCCAGAAUCUUAUUUCAAUUUGAAGAAGGACCCUUAUAAGAAUAAGGUGAAGUCAGAUUUUGUCAAGGAUCGUAGACGAUUGAAACGCGAAUAUGAUGAGUUUAAGGUCCGGAUCAACGGUCUUCCUGACUCAAUCCGCCGUCGUUCGGAUGCCUUUCAUGCUCGAGAGGAGGUAAAGGUUUUGAAGCUACAGAAACAGAAGAGAGACGAUGAACCUGUGGAGAGUGUGAAGAUCCCUAAAGCCACUUGGAUGGCUGAUGGCGCCCAUUGGCCGGGCACUUGGAUGAGCUCUUCAGCAGAGCACUCCAAAGGUGAUCAUGCUGGGAUAAUACAGAUGAUGUUGAAACCACCUAGCGAUGAUCCACUGCUGGGCACAGCUGAUGAUGCCAGGUUAAUUAACCUGAGUGAGAUUGAUAUCCGUCUCCCGAUGCUUGUUUAUGUUUCCCGUGAGAAGCGACCUGGCUAUGACCACAACAAGAAAGCAGGAGCCAUGAACGCCCUGGUUCGAGCCUCCGCAAUCAUGUCUAAUGGGCCAUUUAUCCUCAACCUUGACUGUGACCACUACAUCUACAACUCCCAAGCUCUGAGGGAAGGUAUGUGUUUCAUGAUGGAUAGAGGCGGGGACCGCAUUUGCUAUGUCCAGUUCCCUCAGAGAUUCGAGGGUAUUGACCCUAGUGAUCGUUACGCCAAUCACAACACUGUCUUCUUUGAUGGAAACAUGCGGGCCCUUGAUGGGCUCCAGGGUCCAGUCUAUGUUGGAACCGGAUGCCUCUUUCGAAGGAUUGCCCUCUACGGAUUUGAUCCACCUAGAUCAAAAGAACACCAACCUGGUUGCUGCGGCUGCUGCUUCCCUGGGAAUAAAAAGCAUGCCAAAGCUCCAGAAGAGAACCGAGCACUUAGAAUGGGUGAUUCCGACGAUGAAGAGAUGAACCUCUCUUUGGCUCCUAAAAAAUUUGGGAACUCAACUUUCCUCAUUGAUUCCAUCCCUGUGGCAGAAUUCCAAGGCCGUCCCUUAGCAGACCAUCCAGCUGUAAAGAAUGGGCGGCCACCAGGUGCUCUCACAAUUCCUAGAGAGAUUCUCGAUGCAUCAACUGUAGCAGAGGCAAUCGGCGUCAUCUCCUGCUGGUACGAGGAGAAGACUGAGUGGGGAAAUCGCCUUGGAUGGAUUUAUGGGUCUGUUACUGAAGAUGUGGUCACUGGGUAUAGGAUGCACAAUAGAGGAUGGAAAUCAGUUUACUGUGUGACUAAGCGGGACGCCUUCCGGGGGACUGCCCCAAUAAAUCUCACGGAUCGGCUCCAUCAGGUCCUCCGCUGGGCCACUGGUUCAGUCGAAAUAUUCUUCUCCCGCAACAAUGCCCUCUUGGCGAGCUCAAGAAUGAAAUUUUUACAGAGGGUUGCGUAUCUCAAUGUUGGAAUAUACCCCUUUACUUCCAUCUUCCUAAUUGUCUAUUGCUUUCUCCCUGCGUUAUCUCUCUUCUCUGGUCAGUUCAUUGUCCAAACCCUAAGUGUGACUUUCCUUGUCUACCUCCUUACCAUCACUGUCACGCUCUGUUUGCUUGCGGUACUUGAAAUCAAGUGGUCCGGUGUUGAGCUAGAAGAGUGGUGGAGAAAUGAACAGUUUUGGUUGAUUGGAGGAACCAGUGCCCACCUGGCUGCAGUGCUUCAGGGUCUACUGAAAGUCGUCGCUGGUAUUGAAAUUUCUUUCACUUUGACUUCAAAAUCAUCCGGUGAUGAUGAGAAUGAUGAAUAUGCUGAUCUUUAUAUCGUCAAAUGGACAUCCCUUAUGAUUCCGCCACUCACAAUUAUGAUGUUGAAUUUGAUUGCGAUAGCUGUUGGGGUUAGUCGGACGAUUUAUAGCACGACUCCUGAGUGGAGCAAGUUGCUGGGUGGUGUUUUCUUUAGCUUUUGGGUUUUGGCACAUAUGUACCCGUUCGCUAAAGGGCUUAUGGGAAGAAGAGGAAAGACGCCUACAAUUGUUUUUGUUUGGUCGGGACUUAUUGCGAUCAUCAUAUCCCUCCUCUGGGUGGCCAUCAAUCCUCCGCAAGGCAGUACCCAAAUUGGAGGCUCAUUUCAGUUUCCCUGAUAAGUCAUUCUUUUAAGUUAUAGUAUCGAUUUAGCUGUCAGCAGAUUGCUUCUGCAGUGAAGGCAGUCGGGACUCGGGAUAUCUCAUUCUUAUACUCAUUUCACUUUCAAUCGUAUGUGGUGUUUUCAGCAAUUUGAGUAAGAUGGAAAUUGGGUCAAUUGUUUCAGCGGCGUUAUAGUUUUAUUUUUUUCAGGCGUUUACAUUAAUUUUUCUAUUUUAUUUUUGACAUUUCAGUCUUACUUGUUGAGUUAGGAGUUGCUCUUUGGUGUAUUCUUUUUUUCGGAAUUUGAAAGAGUUGAUCAUGUGUAAAGUAGCUGAACCCUGACUUUUGCAGUUCACUUGAUCUUCUAUACCACAAAUUGUGGGUUGAAAUA